UCCUGUGCGUGUAGACCCAUCACGAACACGCCACUUGUAUACUUCUACGAGAUAAUUUAUGAAAAAUGUGGAUAUUCCUAGUUACAUGUAUAAGAUGCUGGCGUGCUGUGUAAGAUAGACGACCCACCAACCGCACCGCGCUGGUAUUUGUGCUGUCUUGAUGUAGUAACAAGGACUGCUUGGUAACGACGCACAAAGAAGCAGGUCUAAAUGGACGCAGCGUCGAACCAGCCCACAUGUGCCAACACGCAGACGCCGUGUUGCAUGUGUCCCUCCUGCCUGUUCGCCCCAAAAGCAACCGAGCACACGCAGCACCUGUGGAAGCUCUCGGACGAGUCCAGGCGGAGAUUCAUAGUGGGGGUUCUGCUGAGGUGCCGCAGCGUCCCUGUUCUGGAGAACAUCCAGACGUCUCUACGCCUCACUACGUGGAAUUUGCUGCACUAUUCCCGGUCCAAGAGGCAAACUUUACCGGAGUUUUACGCACGUCUUGACAAGAAAGCCCAGCCUCCACCUCUGGUCCGGAACAUCUGGGACUGGUUCGACAGAAGUCCAGACUGGGUCCAAAUUCGUUAUCUUUGCCAGCUUUUGUUGCAGUGUGACCCGGAGCUGCUCAGCAUGGCCAAGCAUCUGAUUGGCGUGGUUGUGGCCAAACUCAAGCAAGAGCUUGAAGCGAUUCAACACCAUCAGGCCAGUAAGAAAGACUCGGCGAACCCGACUCCAACGCCAGCUCCCGUACCCUCAAAACUGACAUCGAAAGUCAGCAGAUACCGAGACUUCAUCAGCAGUCUUCCUGCAGACCUGCUCAAGAGGAUUUUGGCCAUGCUUGACGAGCAGACGCUGAAGCGUUGCAUGAAGGUGUGCAAGCACUGGAAGCACCUGGCAGGGGAGACCAUGGAGGAAAUCCGCUUCCGGAAGGCUUACAUGGAGCAGGUUGACUCCAUGAUGAAGCGCUACAAAGGCGUCCAGUUUGUCAAUCCUUCCUACGCCAGGAUCAUUGACAUUCUGGUCCCGGCCCAGGACCACGAGGAGGAGGCCGGUAAAGGUCUCAAGGACUGGCCUUUUUUUGGCGCUUACGCCAACGUCAGAACUACGACGCUACGAACGGAGGAGCGGAACGUGUACUGCGGCGCUUAUUUCAGCAGCGUGCUGCUUGACGAAGAAGACCCCCACAGGGUGGUGGACUACAGGGGCGGGCCCUUCCUGAGCACGGCCUCCAAGGACCGCACCGUGCGUCUUUUCUACGUGGCGACGGAAGCCAAGCACGUGGCGCUGAUGAAGGGACACGUGGGAAGCAUCCGCGUGGUUCUGCUCUGCCCCGAGCGAGAACUGGUCAUCACCGCCAGCUGUGACUCCAGCAUCAGGUGUUGGAGUGUGCGGACGGACCAGUGUGUCUUGGUGCUCUACGGACAUUCCAGCACUGUCAACUGCCUGGACGUCCAUGCUGACAGACUCGUGUCCGGGGCCAAAGACUGCACCGUCAAAGUGUGGAGUCUGCAAACGGAGAAGCAUUUGGAGGAGUUCAACUUCAAGCACCGCAAGUCGGUGCGCUGCGUGAAGAUCACCGCCACCACCGUGUACAGCAGCUGCGACCGAGGCGUGGUCAAGCUUUGGGACGCCGAGAAAGCAACGCUUCUCAGGGUGAUCGACGCCCACCGCUGCGCCGUCCGAUGCUUGUUUGUGGACCGCUGGCACCUUUUAACCGCCGACAUCAACGGGCAGGUGAUGGCCUGGAGCAGCAGGUUUGACGCCAAAGGCUGCCUCAUGACCUUCAGCCAUCCAAAGGAGGUGAAGUCUCUGACGCUGAACUUCCUGAGAGUGAUCACCGGCUGCGCAGACGGGAAAAUCCGCAUCUUCAACUUCCUCACAGGAGAAUGUCUGAGGAGCAUCUUGGUGGAGGCGGAGACGGGGCGCAUCCUGUCGCUGCACUUCAGCGAGAACAACAUUUUAGUCAACACCACUUCCUGCGUCAAGCUCUUUCACUUUGCCAAGGUCUUCUGGGAGUACGCCGAGCCGGCAGAGGCCAAAGAGGCCCCUCAGGAGGGUCCAUCCAGCUCUGCGGGGUGCCAGGUGGCUCCGCCCACCCAACAGGCCCCAAAGACCAAAGAAGCAGAGCAACGGAGACCUCGUCGUUCAAUGUCACAUGCCAGGGAUGAGGUCAGCGCCAACAAGAUGCAGCUUUUACCAAAACCCCCAAACUCAAAGCCUCCCGAUGCGACGAAGCGACUCCCGGAAGGGACGCACGUGGAAAAGCAUCCGGGAAGACCACAUGAAGUUUGAGUCUGUAUUUGAAGUAUAUUACAUCAUAUCGGAGCUGUCAAAAUACGCCCCCUGGUGGCUGGUAGCAGCAGCUCGUCCUUUGGCCGACCUCCAGGACUAGUCCAGUAUGGAAACCUUUGGAGCCUUUGAGAAUAAGAAUAUCUGCCCCAAGCAAGCAGAAUACUUGUAUUAUUUUAGUGUAAGGUGAUAUAUAAUAUAUAUUUAGGUAGAAUAUGACGAACACGUUUAUUUUAACAGGAGUGAUUUGACUACGUUUCAUUUUCAUGCAUCUGCCAAAACGUGACAGUUUGUCCAUUGGCCGCUAGGUGUCAGUGUUGUAUCACUUCAUGUAAUAGAUUAGCGGUGCCCAAACCCAGGGAGAAAGGAAAGGAUGCUCUUUAGUUGAGUUCAAGGAAAAAGUGCAUCUCAGCUGCUUUGUCAUGUGGGUGAAAAAAGCAGAUCGUUUCCCCCAUUUUCAUUUCAAUUUCUUCAUCUUCAUACAUUUUCUGAUUAAUGUAUUUUCAAACUUAAUUUUCCAAAAAUUACUACUUAUUUUAGCGUGUUUUUAAAAAUAAUAUGACUUAUAAAAGUCAUAUUAAAAAAAAAAACGCCAACAGUGUUCCAUUUCCAUAACUGACCUGUAUAUUAACAGCAAUAUUAAUAUUGUAGCAGCUAACAGGAAAUAUUAUAUUUGAGUCUUAGUGACAUACUACUCCCUUGUGGCGUGACCUAGUGGUGCUGGUACAUUGUUGUUAGUUUUGGAAAAGUAUAUAAAUUGUUGAAGGUUGUGGCAAUAAGCCAAAAAGUUGAUCAACUUUUAUAUUCCACAAACAACCAAGAAAACAACCGGAACGACUGAAGGACACCGGCUCCCAACUUAGACCCAACAACAUCCACCCAUGUGACGAUAAGCGGUAGAAAAUGAAGUGCAAAAAGUGUACUCCCUCUUUAAUAUUUUGGACUUUAUUGUCAUGAAAUUACUUUUUUUAUUUCAUUUUUUUCUCAGUCGGGACUUUGGACAUCCCUGGUGUUUCUGCACCGGUGUUGUCGUGAUACUUUAUGAUGAUUGUUCUGCUUUUUUCAUCCAUGAAGGUAGUUUUAUCAGCAGCCUAUUUUGUGUAGUAUCAUCAUCAUCAUCAUCAUCAUCCCAGGAGCAUCCUUUGAAGAGGGAGCGUGUCUCAUCUAAGGGACGACCUUUCACCCCCGCACCUCUUGGCCCGCUGCCUCCAGGGCGUCAUUAGUUUGGAGGAUCAAGAUACCCGCCUUUAGCGCCACCCCUCCCCCGUCCCAGCAGCAUUGGAACAGCUGGCAGCCACAGAACCUGACGGAGGAGGUCCCAUGAUCUGGAGCAUCUUCUCUUUCUGGAUUUGAUUUGGUCUGAGGAGAACUUUAGAACCCCUUCUUCAAAUCGAGCCAAGCCCCGCCCCCAGCAGGUGAUGAUAAUGAGGAAGAAAAGGUGAAAAAUGAGGCGCAAAAGAGAAAAAGGCUCUUUGGUGUCACGGGCCCUGAGCCACAUGACCUUCGCCCCCUUCAUCUCCAACAUUUGCAUCACAGUUCCUUUGUCUCCUUCUUGUCACGCCGUGUCAGCAAUCCUCACCAUUGCGGACAGGUGAUGGGAGGUGUGGAAUGUGAUUAUCGUGUAUUUGCAUGCCGCUCAGACGCCCCCCCCCUUCCCAGACCUGCCGAUGCUGUUGGGGCCUCCCGCAAGAUGCUCGCCGCAUCCCGGCCAAAUAAAAACACUGUAAGCAUGAAGGAAAGGGUAAACUGUGGGGAUGUCCGAUAUUGGCUUUGUUUCCGCACCCCGAUAUGCGGAUAUCGCCCAACUCCCAAUUUCCAAUACCGAUGUGUAACAUGACAUGUCCUCUGUAUAUCCUCUGUAUCGGAAUAUUACAUUACUACAAAUAAAGCUGUAAUU